AUGGCCGGUAGCGAGACUCGAGCAUGGAUCUCGCACUCGUAUGGCGCAAUCAACAUCUUCCUUGCUGUUGGACCGCAAUUCUGUGAGAAAGGAGAGUUCGAGCGCUUGCUGUUCCAUUCCACAUACGCUCAAGCGCAAGCUCUUGUAACGAACAAGCCUUCAGUGUUCGACACUCGGGAAUGGCUCAGCAUGACACCCACCUUCGAUCGUGAGAUUGCGUCGUGGACGGGUCAUCGGUGCUAUGUCUUGACUAAGUGGGGACGCUUAACAAAUCUUGUCCGGGCAGUCCGGGAGGAUGCUGAAGACGAGAAAGCCAGCCGCAAGGCUGUUGAGCUUGCACAGGAACUGAUGGGUCUGGACUGGGCUGCGGACAACGCAUUUGGUCUUCCUAUGCACAAAGUGCCAACAAAGACUCCCGAAGAGGCAGGACUGGUGCCUUUCUCAUUUAAGUGGGACGACGACCAAUUCCUCAACGUCACCGGGCUCAACCUCAUAUGGUCAUCCAAGAUCAUCUUGAGCGGUCUUUUGCAGACUCUCUAUGCCAGUGGAGCCUCAAUCAGUUGGCCAUCGCUACCGGAACUGCAGGCAGAAGAGCUUCGAUGCGCGAAGCUCAUCUCCAUGAGUGUGGAUUACUUCGCCUCAAUGGCUCCUUACGGGUGUAUGGUCGGUCUGCAGAACCUUCAGCACGCUUGGGGAGCCUACUGGAGACAUGGCAAUCCUUCCUCCGAGUGCGAGCAUAGUGCAAUGGCCGAAUGGCUACGUCGUCGUGGAAACGAAUUCCUCUCGCAUAUCAACGGAGAGAAGAUGCAGAGUAUCGGUCUUGCCAUGUACACUGAGCGGCUCAUGGGGGGAGCAUGUCAGCAUCCCCAUCUCAGAGAGAUCGAUUAG